CGGGUCUUGAGAAUAUAACUUGGGUGGAAAAUCCGCCUUGCAAAUACUUGGGCAGUGGUUCAUUCUGUCUGACUCUUGCCUCCCUUUCUUCCCUACCACCCAAUCUCCCCUCAACCACUUCCAUCCGUUCAUUUACCCUGCCAUUCAAAUCGCGCUUCUUCGACCGAUAAACCAUAGAAGAAACACACUCACUCUUCUCUCUUCUCUGCUGUUCUAGAUACUGAAGGUAUGGUCCAACCACUGACUCCAGCAAUGCGGAACCUCACUAACCCCUCGUGGCAGCCACCAUGCUCAUCACCCGCGGAUUCUCCCUAACGAACUUCGUCAUCGCCAGCUCGGCCCUCUGUUUCCAGGUCUUCGUCCUCUAUCCCUGGCACCACAAGCUUGAGGACGACUUCAAGGAGCUCAAGCAGGAACACUUGCGGCUUCUGAAGGAGAAUGAGGAUAGCCGGGUGAAAGAAUUGAAGAGUAUCAAGGAACAUCUCGGUCUUCUCCACCAGAAGGCUCAAGCGUGAGCGACACAGAGAGGCACAUUACCGGCACUUUCAGAUAAUUCAUGCAUUUCGCCAGCGUGAUAGAGAUAGACUGCAUG